AAACACAAAAGAAGAAGAAAAAGAAGCCAACGCAAGACGCAGCGCCACACACAUGAUGUAAUGAUUAGUUGGAUAUAGUGUGUGCUUUUUUUUUUUAAACGGAUCAUUGCAUUACAAAGUAAAUAACGGACAUGUCUGAGAGACCAUCAAAUAUUAAUGAGCAAAAUACAUUUCUGAUAUACUAAAAACGUGAAUGUCACUCUGUAAACACGUGAACAGUGCUGCCCUUCACGAGCGACAGCAGAGCUGUCAAUUCAACCUCUGUUCUCGGAUGAACCGUCUUUAAGAGCAUUGCACCAUAUAUGGGACUGUUACUAUCUCUUUUUUGAAAAAAGAGUCCUCAAGGGAAUUCAGAAGGUGUUCAGAUAAAUUUUCAAGUUACCAGCAGGGCAAGUGUUGUCACAGAUUGCAAGACAUACAGCCUUAACUCAAGAUGCACUCGGAUCUGUCACCCCAUCUACAUACUGAUGAGUGCAAUCAGCUAAUAACACUUCUCAAACAGUGCCACAAGGAGCAUAAUGUCCUCAGGUUCUUUGGCACAUGCAAUGAUUUGGAUCGUGCAAUGCGGGUCUGUCUCAAGAAAGAGUACAAGGCAAAGAGGGAGCGCAGCAAUGCCCAUGCAGAAGAAAUGAGACAGCGUUUAAAGGAACAACCAAAAGAGCAUCCCUAGUGUCAAACAUCACCCCCAAAACUACUUCAGACAUGCUCUAGCUUCUGGUGUUCUAAGGGUGCCUGGACACUUUAAAUCUGGAAUACUUUUCUAUGAGGAUUAAUGAAUCAUGAACCUUGCAGUAAAACAGGUUGUCUGAAGAUUUACAAUGAUAGAGCUUGUACAUUUAUUUAAGAAUGUUUAAUUGCUGACCCUGAACUGUAUCCCAGAUAUGACCUACUGAUCUGGAGAGAGGGUAUGAAAAAAAAAUCCAAAAUUGUGAUUGAUUAAAUUCCGAUGUAAAAAAUAAAGUUAAAAAUGAA